CUUAUUCGUCGUCUUCUUCUUCUUCUUCUUUCCUCUUUCCCUUUUGGUUUCAAUAAAUACAUAACCCUUUCUUCUCUUCUCUUAUCUUAUACCACCACCACUUCAAUCUCUCUCUCUCUCUCAGUUUCAAUUUCAUAUUCACCAAUCUCAAAUAAUCUCAGAUCUCAUGGAGAACGAUCACAGUGAGAAUUACGAGGAGGAGUACAUAGUGAAUUCAAGAGGCGUGAAGCUCUUCACGUGCCGGUGGUCGCCGGCGAGCGGCGAGGCGAAAGCAUUGGUGUUCUUAUGCCAUGGCUAUGCUAUGGAGUGCAGCAUCUCUAUGAGGGGAUGCGCUAAUAGGCUCGUCAAGGCCGGCUAUGAGGUCCAUGGCAUAGACUGUGAGGGCCACGGCAAGUCCCAGGGCCUCCUUGGAUUAAUCUCUGAUUUUGAUCAUCUUGUCGAUGAUCUUUCCGACCACUUCACCAAUAUUUCCGAGAAAAGAGAAAAUAGAAAUAAAAUGAGAAUAUUAAUGGGAGAGUCGAUGGGCGGAGCGACGAUUCUCCGCCUCCACCGCAAGAAGCCCGAAUAUUGGGACGGUGCCGUACUGAUCGCUCCCAUGUGUAAGAUUGCCGAUGAAGUGAAACCAAGCCCAUUGGUUAUAAGAGUGUUGACUGUGCUGUCCGGAAUUAUACCUACGUGGAAAAUUACUCCAACUCCGGACAUUAUUGACAUUGCCUUUCGAGACCCACAAGUGAGAAAAGAGGUUAGAUCGAAUCCGUACACGUACAAGGGGCGGCCACGUCUGCAGACAGGGUACCAGCUGCUAAUGGUCAGCACGGAAUUGGAAGGCCGCCUUGACGAGGUGGCGUUGCCGUUCAUAGUCCUCCACGGAGAAGACGACAAAGUGACGGACCCGUCGGUGAGCAAACUGCUGUACGAGUCAGCACGCGCCGCCGACAAGACGAUGAAGCUGUAUCCGGGAAUGUGGCAUUCCCUCUCGUACGGAGAGCUGCCGGAAAACCUGGACCUGGUGUUCGCCGACGUCGUGGCGUGGCUGGACCACAGAUUCCUCGCUAAGCUCGAACAACAGCAGAAGCUCGCUAAUGAUCACAAUGCACUUGACUCUCACCUCACCAAAUACUAAUACAAAUACUAUAUUCAUUUUCAUUUUUAUAGUUUGUGUGUGAAUAAGCCAACUUUUUUUUUUUUUUUUUUGUUUUUUUUUUAAAUAAUGCUUAUGAUGAAAGUUUAAAGGCGUGAAAUUUAAAAAUUUUGUGUA